UGUUGGUGGGACCCACCAAGAAAGUUGAAUUUGCUUCUGAUGGAUGAUAGGUUAGAACUCAGGGAAAGACAAGUCGCAGAGUCUCACUCUCUACAUUUUAGUCUGUAAAAGAUUCUCAAAAAUGGGGUUAGAGGUGGUCAAAAUUGGUGGAGUAAGCCCUAAUUCCUUAUCUUUCAGUAGCUCAGUCACAAAAUCCCCCCUUGUUCCCUUCAAUUUGAAGGCAGUAGUAUUGCCACUGACGCCACAAAGAAAACUUAGUGGAUUAUGUACAGCAACAACUAAACGAAACCCUAAGCGCCUCAAAUACUCAGCGCCUCGCUUUUCAAGGGGAGAACUGUUAUAUGUGGAAGUUGAUCAAUCUGGAGAUGAUACUUGGAAAUUGGAACCCGUUGUUAAACUUUUGAAAGAAGGAGCUGUUGGAGUCAUUCCUACUGAUACUGUGUAUGCAAUUGUUUGUGAUUUGAGAAGUCAGUCAUCCAUUGAGCGUCUCCGGAGAAUCAAAGAAAUAGAGACAUCAAAGCCCCUUAGUAUCUUAUGCCAUUCUCUUCGGGACAUAGAUACUUACACAUUGGGAUUUCCGCGUGGUAAUGGUCAAGGUUCAACAAACGUCUUUCGAGUGGUUAAGCACUGCUUGCCGGGGCCUUACACUUUCAUCUUACCUGCAAGCAAAGAACUACCUAAACAGUGUAUAAGAAAUGGAAUAACCCCUAAAUACGCAGCACGGAAGACUGUUGGAAUUCGCAUGCCUGAUGAUGCUGUGUGUCAAGCAAUCCUUGAAGAGAUGGGUGCACCUUUAAUUUCCACAAGUGUCAAGUGGGCAAAGGGAGAGGAGUGGAUCUUAGACCCAGUUGCAAUAGCCGAUGUUUAUGGACCAAUGGGUAUUGAUUUUGUUGCUGCUGCCGGCGUUAGAGUAGCCGACCCUUCAACUGUUGUGGAUAUGACUGGAGAUUCUCCGAUAAUUCUUCGUCAGGGAAAGGGACCCAAGCAAGACUGGAUGAUAGUAAAGGAGGAUGAAGAUUCCACAACGUCCGUCUCAUAGGUUGUUCUGCAUCUUAAAUGCAUUAACAUUGUACAACGUUUGCAGAGGAAAGAGACUGGUGUGCCAAACAAACUUAGGUCUAUUUUGCUUUGGAGUUGUUACAUUUACAGAAGAAAUUUCCACAAUCAUGUACAAAUGCUUGUAAAUAAAUACAGGGAAGAUACAUUUUGAGAACAGGAUUGAGGGGCCUUAUAUACAACUUUUAUUUUGGUUUUCUUGUGCAAGAGAUUUGUCUUCAACUAAACUUGAUGAUGAAACUAAUUUUACCAGCAUUUUU